GGGCAUUGUUUUUAAUUCAUGGAAUUUAAAUUCAAAAUGUGUUUCUGUUUGCUGACGUUAUUUAAAGUGAUCAUCACGCGAUUCUUUGUGGUUGAAGGGCAAAUAUAAACUUCUUUUCACAAAUAAAAUUGAUCAAAAAUACUAGCUUCUCUGUGCGAAGAGUUCAUAAACACCGCACAGUGAUUUAACAUGCCUGGGCUGCUCAGGAAGGAAGUGGAAAGGCAAAAAUGAGUUCUUUAAUUUGGGUCUAUUAAGCAUGUCUGUUUUGUGAAAACUUUAGUAUUCAUAGGUUUCACGCUAUUUGCAUUUUAAAAUUAUAAUCUUUAAUACUAAUCGCAGCAAUACUUAAAUCUGUAUUUGUAUUUCUUGUCUCUCUCUCUCUCUCUCCCUCUCUCUCUCUCCCUCUCCCUCUGGCUCCUGUUAACAUGUGCAAUAUUACUUUAGUGCUCUGAGUGACGCUGUUGGUCAGGGUGUGCAAUUUAUAAAUGCACAGUUCUUCUCGAUCCGCCCCAGUAUAGUGACUGCAUGCAGCCUGGAAUUCUUUUCGCUUGGCACUGUCUAGCGAUUUAAUAAAUAAAAAUGCAGUAAAGCUGUUCAGCACUACUUAAGGAUAUUUUCUCAUUUUAAACCGAUCUGAAUUUUUGGAUCUACAUUGAUUACAAUAUGAGUUGUCUUUGUUCCCUCGAUGCCCGGAUAAUAGGCGCUACAGAACGCGUUUCGACAUGGCAGACAAUGCUUCUCGUUGGGUUUGCCUUUAUCAUUGGCGUUGCGCAAGGGCAGGUCCGUUAUUCUAUUCCCGAGGAGAUGAACAAGGGAUCGGUUGUGGGAAAUAUCGUUCAGGAUCUCGGUUUGGAUGUUAAAAGACUGAAAGCUGGUCGAGCGCGGAUCUUUAUGGAGGACAGUCGUGAGUACAUCGGUCUGAAUGUGGAUAAAGGCACUUUGAUUGUACAACAGAGGAUAGAUAGAGAGGAGCUUUGCGCUCAGGUUUCUCCAUGCUCUUUACAUUUUCAGAUUAUUCUAGAUAAUCCAAUUGAGCUGUAUCGAGUUGAUGUUGAAAUAUUGGAUAUCAAUGAUCAUGCACCAGAUUUUGAAAGAAAGGAUAUAACUAUUGAAAUCCCGGAAUCAGCUGCCCUCGAGUCACCCUUUUCUUUAGACAGCGCGCAUGAUCCCGACGUUGGUUUGAAUACACUGCAGAGGUACACUCUUAAUCCCACUGAUCAUUUUACUUUAAAGGAAUUAUCACGGAGUGAUGGCACCAAAUAUGUGGAAAUGGUUUUAAAAAAAACUUUAGACAGAGAGCAACAAGACGAGCAUAAAUUAAUUUUAACAGCAUUUGAUGGGGGAUCUCCACAAAAAUCAGGAACAUUUAAGAUAACUGUCACUGUUCUUGAUAUAAACGACAAUUCUCCUGUGUUCAGUCAGCCAAUAUACCGAGUGUCUUUGUCAGAAAAUAUUCCGAAAGAUAGUUUAGUAGUGAGAGUCAGUGCUACUGAUAAGGACAAAGGAUCUAAUGGAGAAAUUACUUAUUCGUUUUCAGACAACUCAAGAAAAGAGGUCAUGGAUUUAUUUACCAUUAAUUCGGUGACUGGGGAAAUAAGGGUUAAAUUUUCUCUAGAUUUUGAAAAGUCCAAGCACCAUGAACUGGAUGUUAAGGCGAUGGAUAAGGGCAGACUGGAAGGUAACAGUAAAAUACUUGUCGAAAUUACAGAUGUAAACGACAAUUCUCCUGUUAUCAGUGUUAUUUCUUUUUCUAACCAGAUCCCUGAAGAUUCUGCCCCUGACUCGGUUGUCGCAAUGUUUAAUAUUAAAGAUACAGACUCCGGGAAAAAUGGACAAAUCAAAUGCACAGUCAAUUCAGAUCUGCCGUUUCGCAUUAAAUCGACAUCCAAUAAUUUCUACAUUUUAGUCACUGACUGCAUUUUAGAUCGUGAAAUGUUUUCUGAAUAUAAUAUAACGAUCACAGCUACAGAUGAAGGCUAUCCAUCUUUAUCUACAAAUAAAACACUGAGGCUGAAAAUAUCGGAUGUAAACGACAACCCCCCUGUUUUCCAGCGUCACUCAUACACCGCUUAUGUGAUGGAAAAUAAUUCACCUGGAGUGUCUAUAUUUGCAGUGACAGCAACUGACAGAGAUUACGGGAAUAAUGCGCGCAUUUCAUAUUUUUUGGAAGAUCUAUCUGUGAACGGAGUUUCUGCUUCGUCUUAUAUUUCAGUAAACGCAGAGAGCGGAGAGAUUCUUGCUAUUCGGUCUUUUGAUUUCGAGCAAACAAAAGAGUUUAAUAUUCGCGUAAAAGCGCAGGACGGAGGCAACCCGCCUCUCAGUAGCAACGUGAGUGUGAAAAUUAUUAUUCAGGACCAGAAUGACAACGCGCCUCAGAUUCUGUAUCCAGUACAAACUGGUGGCUCUGUAGUGGCUGAAAUGGUGCCUCGUUCAGCAGAUGUGGGAUAUCUUGUCACUAAAGUGGUGGCUGUGGAUGUGGACUCAGGACAGAAUGCAUGGCUCUCAUAUAAACUACACAAAGCGACAGACAGAGCGCUGUUUGAAGUGGGCUUACAGAAUGGAGAAAUAAGAACUGUGCGCCAAGUCACUGAUAAAGAUGCUGUGAAACAGAAGCUCACUGUUGUAGUGGAGGACAACGGACAGCCCUCUCGUUCAGCUACAGUCAAUGUUAACGUGGCGGUGGCGGACACUUUCCCUGAAGUGCUCUCCGAGUUCACUGACUUUACGCACGAGAAGGAAUAUAACGACAACCUGACAUUUUAUCUAGUCUUGGCCUUGGCUGUAGUUUCAUUUCUCUUUAUCGUGUCCAUCAUAGCUAUACUGUCAGUGAAAUGUUACAGAUGGAGACGUGAGCGGAUGUUUUACAAAUCCGGUGCCAAUCUUCCAGUUAUUCCGUAUUAUCCACCCCUUUACGCAGACGUAGGAGGAACAGGAACUUUACAGCAUAUGUACAAUUAUGAAGCAUACAGAACCACUGACUCUAGAAAGAGUGACCUGAAAUACUCCAGACCUCCUACUGAGAGCAUCAUUAGUUUGGACAACAGUGGUGCACAUACUCUUACGCAUGCGCAAAGGGAGAAAGUUGGUGAUCAAUUUGAUCAGGUGAGUUCUACAAUUUAAAACAGAC